AUAAAAUAACAGUCGACAACAAGCUAGCUCGCGGCAAUGAUGGCGAUAAUCAUGAGUCCAUCAGCUUUGAUAUCAUUGCUCGUUAUUUGUGGAUUAAGUAUUUGUGUCAAAUCAUCACCAAUUGUAGAAAUAAAAAAUGGAUUGCUCGAGGGAACAACAAUGCAAUCAAGAUAUGGAAGAGAAUUUUAUUCUUUUCAAGGUAUACCAUAUGCAAUUCCUCCACUUGGUAAAUUACGAUUUGAGCCACCACAACCAGCUGUUUCUUGGACUGGAAUACGUAAAUCAAUAAAUGUGCCUCCAAAGUGUACACAAAAAGAUGUAUUUACAAAUCAAAAAAUUGUUGAUGGACAAGAAGAUUGUCUAUACUUGAAUGUGUACACUCCUGAAUUAAAAAAUUCUGAUGAUAAAAAUUUACCUGUUAUGGUAUGGAUUCAUGGAGGUGCAUUUAUUUCAGGUCAAGGAUUUGCAUUUGGUCCUAAAUAUCUUCUUGAUCACAAUAUUGUUCUGGUUACGUUAAAUUACAGACUUGGAGCAAUUGGAUUUUUAAGUACUGGUGACAUGGUUUCACCUGGUAAUAUAGGAAUGAAAGAUCAAGUUCUUGCAUUGAAAUGGGUUCAAGAAAAUAUUGCAGCAUUUGGUGGUGAUCCAAAUAGUGUUACAAUAUUUGGUGAAAGUGCUGGUGGUGCUAGUGUUCAUUAUCACAUGUUAAGUCCACUGUCUAAAGGACUUUUCCAUCGAGUAAUUUCACAAAGUGGAGUAACUCUUUCACCCUGGGCUUUUGGUAAUCGAAAUACCGUAAAACAACACUCUCAACUUUUAGCUCAACACUUUGGAUGUCAUACAAAUGAUUCAACACAAAUAAUAGCAUGUCUUCGAAAAAUAGAUGCUGCUGAAAUAAUUGAAGCAGAAAAAAUAUUUCAGAUUUUUGGCUAUGAUCCAAUAAUUCCAUUUAGAAUUGUAGAUGAACCAAAUCAUUCUGAGGCAUUUAUCAAUGAUUUGCCUUUGAAUAUUGUUAAGAGUGGAAAUAUUUCAGAUGUUCCUUGGAUGACAGGUAUAACAACUCAUGAAGGAGCAAUAAGAGUUGCAGCAUUACUUCAUGGUUUUGGAGAACGUAGUUAUGUCAAACAGCUAAAUGACAAUUGGCUUGAACUUGGACCAACUAAUUUGUUACUCGAUCAAGUUUUUUCAGACAGUAUUCCAGCAGGAGUUGUUGAAAAAAUUCGUCAAUUUUAUUUUGGUGAUAAAACAAUUGAUGAAUCGAGUAAAUGGGCUUUGAUUGAUAUGUAUACUGACAUAUAUAUGGCAUAUGGAAUUGACGAGGCUAUUAAAUAUCAUCUAGAAUUUAAUUCUAGUCCUAUCUAUUAUUACGAAUUUGCUUACAAAGGUGCCACCUCAUUUUCAACUAUAUUUGGUGACCCUGAGGGAACAUAUGGCGUCUGUCAUGCUGAUGAUUUACUAUAUCUUUUUCCAAUUGGAGAAAUAUUAUUUCCAAAAAAUGUAUUAACUGAGAAUGAUCAUAAAAUCAUUGACUUUUUAACAACUGCUUGGUAUAAUUUUGCAAAAACUGGAAAUCCUACAAUAAAAGAUAUGCCAGUUGAAUGGAAACCAGUAACAACAGAUGCUCAUGAAUAUCUUUUCAUUGAAAACCCACAAAAUAUCAAGAUGUCAAGUAAUCUCAAUAAAAAGAGAAUAGAAUUUUUAAGAUCUCUUAUUAAUCAAUCAGAAAAUUUCAAUGAAAAAAUUUCUAAGAAAGACGAAAACAGCCAGAUGAUGUGGACACUACAUCAGAAGAUUCAUUUUAUUUUUUUAAUUUCACUUUGUAUCAUUAUUGCAAAAGGUUCGAUACUUGUUAAUAUUGCAAAUGGCACACUUGAAGGAUUAUCAUUGAAAUCAAGAUACGAAAGGGAAUUUUAUGCUUUUCGAAGUAUACCUUAUGCACUUGCACCAGUUGGGCCAUUACGAUUUCAAACAGCUCAACCAGCAGCAUCUUGGGAAGGAGUACGUUCAGCAAAAAAUGAUGCACCAAUCUGUACACAAAAAGAUAAAUUUACAAAUCAAAAAGAUGUGGUUGGAGUUGAAGAUUGUCUUUAUUUAAAUGUUUAUACACCACGAUUACCAAUUAAUGAUGAUAAAAUAUUAUUACCUGUUAUGGUAUGGAUCCAUGGCGGUGGAUUCUUGGCUGGAUCUGGUAACAGCGAUUUAUAUAGUCCUGAAUUUCUUCUUGAUCAUGACACAGUGUUGGUCACGAUGAAUUACAGACUUGGAUCCUUGGGAUUUUUGAGUACACAAGACAAGGUAAUACCUGGAAACAUGGGAUUAAAAGAUCAAGUACUUGCAUUAAAAUGGGUUCAAGAAAAUAUUGCACAAUUUAGUGGAGAUCCAAAUAGUGUUACAAUAUUUGGUGAAAGUGCUGGUGGUGCUAGUGUUCAUCACCAUGUUAUCAGUCCUCUCUCAAAAGGAUUAUUUCAUCGUGCGAUAUCUCAAAGUGGAAAUGCAUUAGCUCCAUGGGCUCUAUCAAAAUCAAAAAAAUCAACAAAUUAUGCAAAACGUUUGGCUGAGCAUUUGAAAUGUCCAACAAAAAAUUCAAUUGAAAUGAUCAAUUGUCUUAGAGAAAAAGAUGCAAAAGAAAUAGUUGAUGCAGAAGAUGCAUUUCAAAUAUUUCAUUGGGAUCCGGCAAUUCCAUUUAGACCUAUCAUUGAGCCUGAUCAUCCAGGUGCAUUCAUGAAAGAUGAUCCAAUUGCUUUGCUAAAAACUGGACAAGUUUCAGAUGUACCAUGGAUGAAUGGACUAACUUCACACGAAGGUGCACUCAAAGCAGCUGCAUUGUAUGAUAUUAAUAAUCAAAAAUUAGUUGAAACAUUUAAUAAAAAGUGGACAGAGCUUGCACCAGCCUCAUUAUUCAUUGACGAUCUUGUUUCUAAAAAAGAGCAGAUUAACAUAGUCAAGAAAAUUCGUGAAUUUUAUUUUAACGAUAGAGAUAUUGAUAUUUCGACAAAAUGGAAUUUAAUUGACAUGUAUUCAGACGCCUGGUUUAAUUCUGGAGCUGAUUUAGCAAAUAUUGCUCAUCUUGAAUCACUUUCAAGUCCUGUUUUUUAUUAUUACUUUAAUUAUAAAGGCUCAUUUUCAUUUUCACAAAUAUUUGGAUCAACCAGAGACGAUUUUGGAGUAUGUCAUUGUGAUGAAUUACUCUAUCUUUUUCCAUUGGGUGAUUUUAAAAAUACAUACACUAAACAAGAUUUAAAAAUGGUCGACAUAAUAACUACACUUUGGUACAAUUUCGCUAAGACUGGAAAUCCAACACCAACAAUUACAAAUAAAUUGUCAACCAAGUGGAAGCCAAUUAGAACUACAGAUAAUGAAUAUUUACUUAUUAAAAAUCCUGAGACAAUAAAAAUGUCUAAAAAUUUAAAUCCAGAAAGAACAUUAUUCUGGAAAGAUUUACUUGAUCAUAUAGAAAAUACUCAUCAAAAUAAUAUCAAAGAAGAAUUGUAAAUUAACAAUUUAGAAUAUAUGAUAAAGUGUUAAAUUAUGUAUAGCACUAAAAAUAUAUAAAAUAUCUCAAUAAAAAUAUCGUAUUAAAUAUUUUUUUCAAUAUCAU